AUGGCCGAGCUACCUGAUCAAUUUCCUGUUCCUCCUUCAGCUGUCGAAGCUAUAUCUGCCAUUAUCGAUGAAUUCAUCGACAAAUUACAACUUAUUUGGGCUGCAAAUGCUGCAAAUAGAGUUGUCCUUAGACCUGGAUCACGUCUUGCCCGUGAGAUAGAGCUCGCUCUCAUUCGCGUCAUCGGCGCAACUGUUGCCCCCGAGGCAGUUUUUAAUAGGAUUGGCGUCGAAUUAAACCGCUUCGUCCAUCAAGUCAAUCGGGAUGUCAAUCCCCUAUUUCACGACAUCUUGCUCUGUUGUCACCAUCUAAUGGAGGGAUGGAAUAACCAAGGAAUAUGGGACAAUAUUCAGCCGAUCGAAGAGAGUACUCGGGAUGUAGAAGACUUGGAGGAGAGAAGACGGUUUAGAGCAUCUGGGCCACCGACACUAGGGGAUCUCCAAAUCAUAAAACGGAUGGAACGCACGAUGGUUGUCGAUCAUCAAUUGAGAAUUUGUAUCGACGCACAUAUUCAAAGACUGGAGCAUACCAUUGCCAACUUUCAAGCUGCGGAUGAUGACAAUAAUGAUAUGAGAGGUGAUGAUGAUUGA